CCGCCUAGUAACCCGGAAGUUAUACUCGCAACUGGGCUUUCUGUCCCACAAUCCUGCGCGUUCUUCCUUUCCAACUUGGCCCCGGCAGAAUGGCUCCCGCAAAGAAGGGUGGCGAGAAGAAGAAGGGCCGUUCUGCCAUCAACGAGGUGGUGACCCGAGAAUACACCAUCAACAUUCACAAGCGCAUCCAUGGAGUGGGCUUCAAGAAGCGUGCCCCUCGGGCACUCAAGGAGAUCCGGAAAUUUGCCAUGAAGGAGAUGGGGACCCCCGAUGUGCGCAUUGACACCAGGCUCAACAAAGCUGUCUGGGCCAAGGGAAUAAGGAAUGUGCCAUAUCGCAUCCGUGUCCGGUUGUCCAGAAAACGUAAUGAGGACGAAGACUCACCGAACAAGCUGUACACUUUGGUGACCUAUGUCCCCGUUACCACAUUCAAAAAUCUCCAGACAGUAAAUGUGGAUGAGAACUAGCUUUCAAAUAAAGCUGCACAGCUGCC